CAUAUUAUAGCCAGCUUGCUGAAAUCUAUACGGAACAGCAAACUUCGCUCAUAUCUCUAUCUGACGUAUCAUAUUGUAAUCAUCUCCAAAUAUGGAGCCACAGAGCAUAGACUAUUCCUCACAAGAAGAUGAAAAGACUGGCUUAGUUUCUGAGAUGGAGAUUGACGACACAAUCUCAGUAAACGACGUCCCUGCAUUCGUUGAACGUAAUUUGUCAGAUUUUGGCCACGAAGUUAUCGAUUUCAAGACCUACACUUGGGAUUUGUCACAUUGGACAAACCUUGAUAGAAGAAUACAAAGUCCUGUUUUCGACGUUGGCGGCCACCCAUGGAGAAUAUUAUUGUUCCCAUUCGGAAAUACGAAUGGAAACGGAAAUGAAAUGGUCUCCAUUUACUUAGAAUAUGCUGACCCACGCGGUGCUCCAGUCGGUUGGCAUGUUUGCGCUCAGUUCGCACUCGUUAUGUCGAACCCCACUGAUCCAUCCGUUUUCGUCACCAACCAAGCACACCAUAGGUUCACAAUCGAAGAGAGUGACUGGGGUUUCACACGUUUUAGUGAAUUGCGCAGACUUUGCAUACCCUCAGACAAGUUUUCUAGACCGGUUAUAGAAAACGAAUCAUCAACUAUUACAGCUUUCGUUAGAGUACUUGAUGAUCCUACUGGCGUACUCUGGCACAACUUUGUCAAUUACGAUUCAAAGAAGGAAACCGGUUUCGUUGGUUUGAAGAACCAAGGUGCAACUUGUUACAUGAACUCACUUCUCCAAUCACUUUAUUGCACGAACUACUUCCGUAAAGCUGUUUACCAAAUUCCAACAGAUGAGGAUCAUCCAUCUGAAUCUGUUGCUUCUGCCCUUCAACGCGUUUUCUAUAAUCUUCAAAACUCUUUACAACCAGCUGGUACAACUGAGCUCACCCGCUCAUUCGGCUGGAAGUCACUCGAUUCCUUCAUGCAACAUGAUGUUCAAGAAUUUAAUCGUGUUCUUCAAGAUAAAUUAGAAGAGAGAAUGAAGGGCACCGUCGCAGAUGGUGCGAUCACAGAUUUAUUCGUUGGUAAAAUGAAAUCAUAUGUCAAAUGUGUCAAUGUCGAUUUCGAAUCAUCACGUAUUGAAGAUUUCUAUGAUAUUCAAUUAAACGUCAAAGGAAUGAAAAAUCUCUAUGAGUCUUUCAAAGAUUACAUUCAAGUUGAAACUCUUGAAGGAGAAAACAAGUACCAUGCAGAAGGUCAAGGCUUGCAAGACGCCAAGAAGGGUUGCAUCUUCGAGUCAUUCCCUCCAGUACUUCACCUUCAAUUAAAGCGUUUCGAGUAUGAUUUACAACGCGAUGCGAUGGUUAAAAUCAACGAUCGUCAUGAGUUCCCACUUGAAAUUGAUUUGAAGGAAUUCCUUGACGAUGGUCCAGCUAAAGAAGAGAACUGGGUGUAUAGAUUACAUGGUGUUUUAGUUCACUCAGGUGAUUUACACGGUGGACACUAUUUUGCACUUAUUAAACCAGAACGUGAUGGUCAAUGGUUGAAAUUCGAUGAUGAUAGAGUUACAAAAGUACUCGAUAGAGAAGUUCUAGAGGAUAACUACGGUGGUGAAAUGCACAGUAAUGUCGUUACAGCUCAAGGUCCAAAACCACAAUUACGUGCGAUGAAGAGAUUUACAAACGCUUAUAUGCUUGUUUACAUCCGUGAGAAAAAAAUGGAUGAAAUACUCCAACCAUUCACAAAUGAUGACAUACCACCACAACUUCGUCAAAGAUUAGAUGAAGAACGUGAAGCUAGUGAGCGUAAACGUCGUGAACGUGAUGAGCAACAUUUAUACUUAACCACAAGAAUAAUUUCUGAUAAUUCAUUUUCAACUUACCAAGGUUUCGAUCUUGCUACUUUUGAAGACAGAAAUGUUCCUGCAACUGAAUUACCAACGAUUAGAGCACUUAAGUCUAUGCCGUACAAUGAAUUUAAAGAGCAAAUUAGACGGCAAUUCGGUCUUGGUGAUCUCAAAUUUAGAUUAUGGAUGUUAGUUAAUAGACAAAACAAAACUAUUAGACCAGAUACACCAAUUCUUGAAACUGAUCCAACUAAAACGCUCGAUGCUAUAAGGGUAGAACUUUCACCAAGACAGAAUGAUCUUAAGCUUUACUUGGAUGUUGAAGCAGAAAAUGACAGUCAAUAUGGUAAACCUGAAGAUUCAAUAAUGAUCUUCCUGAAAUACUUUGAUGUAUCUAGACAGACACUUACAGGUGUUUGUAAAGUCUAUGUACCAAGAUCAGCAAAGGUUGGCGAUUUACAAGAUAUAAUACAGAAAGAGAUGAAAUGGCCACCUGGACUACCAUUGAGAUUGUAUGAGGAAAUCAAACCAGGUUACAUUGAACCAAUGAAACCAAAAAUGACACUUGCACAAAGUGAAUUACAAGAUGGUGACAUUGUUUGUUUCCAAGUAGAACUUUCAGAAUCAGAAGUUAGAGAUUAUGAAGCUCAAGGAAUGAACGCCGAUCCAAUCUCACAUUAUGAUUAUCUUCAAAAUCGAGUACAAGUUACGUUUAGACCAAAAUACAAAAAUCAAAUAAAUGAGAAUGUGACAGAGUUUAAGAUAUUAUUAAGCAAGAAAACGAACUAUGAUCGUAUGGCAGAAUUAGUUGGUGCUAAAGUUAAGCAAGAUCCACUUAAAUUGAGAUUCACUACAACACAAAAUACAAAUGGUACACCAAAGUCCAUAGUUAAACGUAGUAUGAAUCAACCAGUCCAAGAUUUAAUUACACCUGGUUAUUUAACAGAAAAUAGUCAUGUUAUUUUCUAUGAGCUGUUGAACAUUUCAAUAGUUGAAUUAGAAACUAAAAAGUCAUUCACGGUUACAUGGACAGGAUUGAAUAAUCGUGAAGAAGGUAGUUAUCCAUUUUUACAACCAAAGACAUCAACUAUCAGUGAUAUAGUUGAACAAUUAAGUAAGAAUGUACAACUUUCACCAGAAGGUUCACAAAGAAUAAAGAUAUUCGAAAUUUGGAAUGGUAGACAACAAAAAGAAUAUACAGGUGUUGAAUUAAUUGGAAAUUUGGCAGAUAAUGCAGAGUUAUUUGCAGAGGAAGUACCAAAGGAGGAAGUAGAUGCAAGUGAAACAGAUAAAAUAAUAAACGUAUUCCAUUAUUCACGUGAACCACAACGGUGGCAUGGAAUUCCAUUCAAAUUCGUAACCAAACCGGGUGAAAAGUUCAUUGAUACUAAACAAAGGUUACAGCAGAGGUUGAAUGUAGCAGAAAAGGAGUUCGCCAAGUAUAAAUUCAGCCUUAUAACAUCAAUGUAUUACAAGCAACCAAGCUUAAUUGAUGAUGGUGAUGUUAUACACGACCAUAACUUUGCCCAGCAAGAUGCACUCGGAUUAGAUCAUAUUGAUAAAUCUGGUAAAUUUAAUAAAUCUGCAGAAAGGGGUAUAUUAAUACGUUAAUAACUACGAAACAUGAAAAGCAGCUUUUGACGUUGAACUGAUAUUAAUGAAAUUUUAAAGAAAUCUUUUAUAUUCUCUCUCUUUAUAUUUUGACAUAC